AUGGACCACGAACAAUUCAAGCAAGCGGCUCAUUCAGCUAUUGAUGACAUUAUCAACUACUUUGAUAGCGUCCCAGAGCGCAGAGUGAUUCCAGACAUUGAGCCAGGAUAUCUCCGCCCAUUGAUCCCAGAAAGCCCACCAGAUGAGCCCGAAAACUGGGCUCAGAUCCAAGAAGAUGUCGACAAGAAGAUCAAGCCAGGCAUCACUCAUUGGCAAUCUCCCAACUUCAUGGCCUAUUUCCCCGCCUGCGUGACAUACCCCAGUCUUUUGGGCGAGAUGUACUCCGCAACUUUCACAGCCCCAGCCUUCAACUGGCUCUGCUCGCCCGCCUGCACAGAGCUGGAAACCAUCGUCAUGGACUGGGUUGCCAAAGCACUGGCUCUACCGGAGUGCUUCCACAGCGCAUCCGAGACCCACGGUGGCGGCGUAAUUCAAAACAGUGCCAGCGACGCAAUUGCGACGGUCAUCGUUGCUGCGCGCGAAAGGCGCGUGCGGGAAAUCCUUCUCUCGGAAGGACUAGAGGAUGGUUCCCCCGAGUAUGAAGAUCGCAAGUUCGAUGUCCAGAGUAAGCUCGUGUCGAUCGCGAGUGAUCAAACGCACAGCAGUGCUGCCAAGGGUGCUUUGGUUGCCGGUACUCGGUUCCGAAGUGUCACUACUAGACUCGAAGAUAACAUGGAAAUGACGGCCUCGGGGCUGCGAGAAGUUUUGGAGAAGUGUGACCGCAGCGGUCUCACCCCGUAUCAUCUGACAAUGACUUUGGGAACGACCAACUGCUGCAGUGUAGAUCGAUUUGCGGAGAUCAAGGCUGUGCUGCAGGAGAAGCCCGCGUGGCAACGCAUCUGGGUCCACGUUGAUGCGGCGUACGCGGGUGCGUCGCUUGUGGCGGAUGAGUUGCAGUACAUUACCAAGGACUUUGCGGAAGGUGUUGAUAGUUUCAACACGAAUAUGCACAAGUGGCUUUUGGUGAAUUUCGAUGCUAGUGUUCUCUUCGUUCGGAAUCGUCUAGAUCUCACUGAUGCACUGGAUAUCACACCGGUGUAUCUACGGAACCCGUACUCGGACCUAGGCACCGUGAUCGAUUAUCGCAAUUGGUCCAUUUCUCUCGGGCGACGAUUCCGCGCACUGAAGAUCUGGUUCGUGAUGCGGACCUACGGUCUCAAUGGCAUGAAAGCACACAUUCGCAAGACCAUCGGUCUCGGUGAUUUGUUCGCUGAUCUCGUGCGCGGUCGCCCCGACUUGUUCGAGAUUGUCACUAAGCCAGGCUUCGCGCUGACCGUCUUCCGCGUGAAAACCCCGGCCACCCCGGCAGCCGAUGAAUCUACUGGGUGUGUGUCUCGGGAUGAGGCGGCGAACAGCGUGACCAAGAAGAUUUAUGAGCUCAUCAACUCUCGCGGCGAGAUCUUCAUCACCGGAACAGUGGUUGACGGUGUCUAUGUUAUCCGCGUGGUCAGUGCCAACACUAUGGCGGAAGAGAAGUAUAUCCGCAACGCAUUUGACAUUGUGGUUCGGACAACAGAGGAAGUGCUUAAAGAGCAAUAG